UACAGACAACCCCAUGGAAGAGGCUGCUGCCGAGAAUCAUGUGAAACCCUCACUUCCUCUGUGUAGCGCGAGUUCCUGACCACAAGCACCAAAGCAGAGGGGCAGGCAGCACACAGCCCAGCAGCCAGAGUACCGGCCCCGCGACGGUCCCGGAGAUGAGCGAACGCCAAGUGUUCUACGCGUCCGAGCUCACCUUCCUGGAAAACUGCAGCUCCUCCUAUGACUACGGGGAGAACGAGAGCGAGUCCUGCUGCCCGUCCCCGCCGUGCCCGCAGGACUUCAGCCUGAGCUUCGACCGCGCCUUCCAGCCGGCCCUGUACGGCCUCCUCUUCGUGCUGGGGCUGCUGGGCAACGGCGCCGUGGCGGCCGUGCUGCUGAGCCAGCGGACGGCGCGGAGCACCACCGACACCUUCCUGCUCCACCUGGCCGCGGCCGACAUACUGCUCGUGCUGACCCUGCCCCUGUGGGCCGUGGACGCCGCCAGCCAGUGGGUCUUCGGGUCUGGCCUCUGCAAGGUGGCCGGGGCCCUCUUCAACAUCAACUUCUACGCCGGGGCCCUGCUGCUGGCCUGCAUCAGCUUCGACCGCUACCUGAGCAUCGUGCACGCCACGCAGCUGUACCGCCGGGGGCCCCCGGGCCGCGUGAGCGUCACCUGCGUGCUCGUCUGGGGUCUCUGCCUCUUCUUCGCCAUCCCCGACUUCAUCUUCCUGUCGGCCCACCGCGACGAGCGCCUCGACGCCACCCACUGUCAGUACGACUUCCCGCAGGGGGGCCGCACGGCCCUGCGCGUCCUGCAGCUGGUCGCGGGCUUCCUGCUGCCCUUGCUGGUCAUGGCCUACUGCUACGCCCGCAUCCUGGCCGUGCUGCUCGUCUCCCGGGGCCAGCGACGGCUGCGCGCCAUGCGGCUGGUCGUGGCCGUCGUGGCGGCCUUUGCCCUCUGCUGGACCCCCUACCACCUGGUGGUGCUGCUGGACACCCUCAUGGACCUGGGGGCCUUGGGCCGCAACUGUGGCCGGGAGAGCCGCGUGGACGUGGCCAAGUCGGUCACGGCUGGCCUGGGCUACCUGCACUGCUGCCUCAACCCGCUGCUCUACGCCUUUGUGGGCGUCAAGUUCCGAGAGCGCAUGUGGGGGCUGCUCGCGCGCCUGCGCCGCCCCGGCCGGAGAGGGCACCAGCGGCAGCCGUCGUCCUUCCGCCGGGAGUCGUCCUGGUCCGAGACCACGGAGGCCUCCUACUCGGGCCUGUGAGGCCGGAUGCGGGCUCUCCUUUCGCCACGCGGCCCCGGCCUCCCCCACAGCCCCGGCUCCGCCCUCCCUCGCCCCGUGGCCUCACGCCCCACGCGCGCUCCGGGGCCUCCCAGGGAGGCAGCCCUCCUCCCCACCCCCACCCCCGCCGCCGCCCUUGCUGCUCCUUAGCUGCCACGCCCCACCGCCGCUUCGGAGGCGGCUGCCCAGAGCCCCACGGCCCUUCUUAUCCGCUAACUAGACCUCGGCCUUCCCCAUGUUCGGGGAGCACGAAGCGGAAAGCAUAGUAGAGGGCUGCCCCUAUGGGGCCUUGGCCCGGGCCUCCAACUCAGCAGCGACUGUAGCUGUGGUCCCCAAGACCUGUGUAUUUGCUCCUGGUUUAUUUUUUGAUGCCUAAAGUCUGCUUACAAGGUUGCAAUAAACAAGGUAAUCAGGCCCAGGGCGUGUUCGUCGCGCAUCAUUACAGCCAGCCCGGCCCACGCUUCGGGGAUGAGUUUCCUGCUUUCCUCGCCUGGCCCCAGAUCUGUGCCAGCCAGCGCUGCUUGCGUUAAUGUCUACGUCGAGCCUCCUCUGGGCCCUCCUGGGUGCCCCUGCCCCUCACGGGGAAGCACCCGGCUGCGUGGCUGUGCGCUGUUACCCGGACUGGCCGGCCACUGUAGAGGCAUAAUUUGGGGAUGGGCCUUCACACAUGAAGACCUAGUCCCCGCACUCCGGAAGCUUAGGCCAGCAGGGACA